AUGGAUAACCCAUGGAACCACAUACGAUUGCAAGAAGAGAUGUCGAUGGGUGACGACGACAUCCAUAAAAUCAUGCCUAUCACCAAAUAUUUGGUCUGUCUGCAAACCAGCUCUCAAAUCAAAUUCUUGAACCCAAAGACAACACAACUUGCAACAGUUGAAUGGCCAUAUGAUGUCCCUCUCAGCAAUUGUGAAACAGCAUUUGGGUACGUAUCAUCCUCAAAAACUUACGUUUUCAUGGCCCUUAUUGCCGAUGGAAAAAACAUGCAAGGCUGCAUUUUUUCUUUUCAAAGUUGUUCAAGUAUUCAUAGAGGGGAAUGGAAAACACUUUGCAAUGUAUGUCCUCGCCUUGUAUCUGAUGGAACCUGGUUUGAUAGAUUCGUGUACUGGCGUGUAGACAAACUAUCCUCUGAAAUAGCAACACCUCAAGAGUUGUUGGUCAUGUUUGAGUACCACGCUCAACAAUUCCAAACCAUAAACUGCCCUCUAUCUCCAAUCUUCUUUAACCCCACUUAUCCUUCUCAUAUGAAUCUCCAAGUGAAAAUAUUGGACUUCCAGGGGACUAUGUGUGUAAUAGAUGAGUACCACAUUACUCAGAAUCAUCACUGUGAGAUGUGGGCAUGGGAUCUAGAUACUUCCAUAUGGGAUUGCAUAUUUGAGACCCAUGAAUUCCCAAAUGUGAACACACACGGAUUACAUUUCCGUCAUGAUUGGCUUUAUCCAGUGUUUCUAAGCCACAAAUCAUCUCCAGCGGGACAGUUCAUUGUCAAAGGAUACGAUAAUCGACAUUUGCUGUUGUAUAGUAUUCCUAUCAGGAAAAUCACACACUCAAGUACAUCGCCGGAUCUAGAAACCAGUUUCAUCAUUAGAGCAUGUUACUUCUGGGAGACAUUAACACACUUUUAG